AUGAAGUCUGCAGGCGAUGUGGUUGAAAUUCCUCUGAACACUCAAAACUUCCUUUUUGUGCAAGGAAAUGCAACCUUCUACGCGAUCAAAAUCAAUUCAAAAAAAUCAGGUAAUUAUGCUCAUUAAGUAUCAGCGUAAUUAGCCUAUACUUAGAAAAACCUCACAUUUCAAAGGCUGUAAUCAGAUUAAGUCUUUGUUAUAAGCUUUCCAAAUGUGCCUAUAUGGGCUUAGACUAAAGAAUGUGCCAUGGUAUCUUUAAAAUGUUGCACUACGCUACUGUCAACUUUUAUUACAAUUAUUAGUUUUAAAAAAAAAUGAAAUACUUAGUUACGCCCCCCCCCCUUAUCCCAACCCUUCAAAAAUAAUAAAUUAAAUAUUUAGUUACCCCUACACAAAUACCGAUAAUAAUUGAUACCAUUAAUUUAUUAUUAAUUCCCAACCCUUCAAAAAUAAUAAAUGAAAUAUUUAGUUACCCCACCCCUUUAUCCUAACCCGUCAAAAAAUAAAUUUAAACAAUUGAAAUAAACUUGAAAGCCAUUCUAAAAUUAAAUGAGAUAUUACGGUGCCUGAAACCUAACAAUAUCCAAUAAAUCUUUCCUCAGUUUUAUUCGUUUAAAGUAAAUUAUUUCUUUAUUUUUCAUUUAUGUAUUUUUAUUGAACAGCCAACCAACUGUAUGUUGAAAUUAUUAACUGAUUCGUUCAAGCAAGUAAUCAACAGUUCUAUUUUUGUUUCUUAUUUUCGAAUCCAAAGUAUGUUAAACUAAUGUAGGCCUCAGCCUUGAGUAAUGGUAACUUAAAUUAUCGACAGGAUCAUCUCAACUGUCGUGCAUGUCAUCCAUCCUACCAUCAAACGCCUGGAGACAUCAAUACGAUCUCGUUGUUAACCCCAUGCUGCGGUCCUUCAGGGUGAUUAUCUACCUGGUCGUCGAGACAAGCUUAACAGAUUUCGUGGAGAUUAACAACGCACAGAAGCCGUCCUCAUUUACAUGUACAGAAAUAAAAGGUAACGAAGAGCUACCCAAUAACAAGACAUGCAAAUCACGAUCAUUGAAAUUCGUAGGGCAGUAAGAGCUCACGCUCGAUGGCCCGCCUACGCCAUUUCCCAAUGUAACUUAGUUCAAAUAUGUUAGUUAAAACUGUAAACUAAUUUGUUAAAACCCACAGAGAUUUAUAAAUGCAUGUUAAAACUUAUGUUGAUGUAAAAAUAAGGUCCUUAUCUGCUAACAUUCUAGGAAUCAUCACAUAUUCAAACAAGGAACAUACGACUGUAAACGAUAAAGUGCACUGGCUUUUAUUAUGUGCUGGCUUUUAUUAUUACAAGAUUUAGACUCUUGUUAAGUUAGUGUCGUCAAUAGCGCUUGGGUGAUAGUAAGGUAUUCCAUGGACGAUAUCCAAAAAGCAUUUUUUUCUGUUUGAAAACAUUUAAUACAUAAGCGCGUUCCUAGCAAACUGAAAUUAUUGUUUAAAGAAAAUUAAAAACAUACAUUUAAAAAAAAAACUCCGAUUGGGUGAUUAAUUUGUCACAUUGGACAGAUUGUUUGAACUUGAAACAGGGAUGUUUGUCUCGAUUCUUUAUAGGGGUUCUCAAAAGUUUGCCCUUGCAAAAUCUUUGGCCAUCUUUAGAUUCUAUGCAUAUUGUUUGAAAUAUUAAUUGACCAAUUGAUGAUGUUGUGUAAUGGUAAUAAUCUAUUUAACUUUCUAUUAGCUACUUAUGGUUUAUAAUUUUUUGUUUACCUUCCAUGUUUUGUUUGUUCUGUUGGCGAAAGAAGGCGUUUUACCGAUACGUUCCUUGUUUUGGUCAGUAUAUUCUUAACUUAGCCAAUCCUUGUGCUGAACAUGUUCUAAGAUCCAGCUUCAUUCUCUGUCAAUUCUAUACGUUCAAACAGUGAAAAAAAAAAUAAAACGAAAAACCUACUUAGAUACAAUACAAGUUAAUGUUCGUUCUCUUUUUCAAUUUUCCUACAUACUUCCUAAAAUUAAUUGGAUAUAUUUAGAAACAAACCACGUGUAAUAAGUUAAAGUUUUUUUUUAUAUUUAAAAUGUGAAAUCUUUUUAGGUUCGUCCUACUCCGGCUGUAACUACCUGAUAGACUCAACUACACAAACCUACUAUCACAUUGGACU